AGAUGGCGGCUUCCUGUAGGGCGCUGUCUCCUUACGUCAUCACGCUGCGCGGCCGCUCUUCUACACCACGUGCUAAGAGAGCAGGCUGGCCGAUGGCGGGGUCUCCAGUGGGGGGCGUGCUCUGUUCCUCCAUGGCGCAAGAUGGCGCUGCCCUUUGCACGUUCUUUGCGCUUGUGCCGCUGGGGAGCCAAACGAUUGGGGGUUGCCGUCACAGAGGUCCGGAGAGGCGUCAGUUUCAAACUGGAAGAAAAAACUGCCCACAGCAGCCUGGCGCUCUUCAGAGGUGACACGGGUGUCAAAUAUGGCUUGGUGGGAUUGGAGCCCACCAAGGUGGCCCUCAAUGUGGAGCGCUUCCGGGAGUGGGCAGUUGUGCUGGCAGACACAGCGGUCACCAGUGGCAGACAUUACUGGGAGGUGACAGUGAAGCGCUCCCAACAGUUCCGGAUAGGAGUGGCAGAUGUGGACAUGUCUCGGGAUAGCUGCAUUGGUGUUGAUGAUCGUUCCUGGGUGUUCAGCUAUGCCCAGCGCAAGUGGCACACCAUGUUGGCCAAUGAGAAAGCCCCAAUUGAAGGUAUUGGGCAGCCAGAGAAGGUGGGGCUGCUGCUGGAGUAUGAGGCCCAGAAGCUGAGCCUGGUGGAUGUGGGCCAGGUCUUUGUGAUCCACACGCUACAGACAGAUUUCCGAGGUCCAGUGGUGCCUGCCUUUGCUCUUUGGGAUGGAGAGCUACUGACCCACUCAGGGCUUGAGGUCCCCAAGGGCCUCUAACAUGUCCAUUACUGAAGUCCCUAAUCAGCUCUUGGCCAGCCUUUUGAAAGUGUUGGAAGCCUUUUUGACCCAAGCAAUAUCUGUCUCCCACAGUUCAGUGUUGGGUCCUCUGUGCAACAUCUUAGUCAUCCUCUUGUCUCCCCUACCCCGUGAAAGGUAGGCAACAGCCAAACCCCACCUCCCUGCCCCCCCAACUACUGCCGGUUUUCUGGGCUACCGUGUAUUUUUCCAGACUUGCUUCCUUCAGUCCCUUUGUCUCCCUGUGCCCAGGCCUUUCUCAGGCCUGUAUUCGGUACAGGGGUCUUAUCUUUAGUUUAGUUUGAAUUUACUCAUCACGGUGAUACUUCUCCCUCCCUUUGCCUACAUGUAACUUGUUCUUGGGGCUUUACCAAAUCUCUUCAGAGUGAACCCUUUCUACCUCUGGCUGAA